AGUCGCAGUUCGAUCGCCGAUUGUGUAUCAUUCAUUCAAAAAAAAAAAAAAAAAAGUUUUAGGUUCCUGCAUUUAUAGUGUUUUCAAAAAGAAAAAAAAAUCAAAAUCCGUGACCUUGGAACAUAAAUUUCAUAAAAGGAUAUAUUUUUUUAAAAUGCGCAUUUUCUUAGUGACAGGCCUUUUGGCCUUAGUGACCGUGUCUUUAGCAUCACAAGAUUUUCUCACAAGUUCCUUAAAUAAUUGCAUCAAUACUGAAGAAUCAUGGUCAUCAUGUUUCAAACACGAAUUUCUUGGUUAUUUGGAUAAUCAAUUAGGAACAACCACAGAAGCAAGAUCUUUAAAUUCAAUUGAUGAAGCUAUUGUUGCACGAACCUUCAAAUAUCUCAAGACAUAUGAUUAUGGAAUUAAUUUACCAUUUAUUGACGCCAAUUUAAAAUAUCGACCCAGUAAAAGUCUUGCUGAUCUUGAUAUUGAAUUUAAGGACAAUGAAGUUGCCACCAAUCAGGCGCGUGGUCUUUUAAAGAAGAAAUUGCUGCUGCCAUUUUUACUUCUUUUGAAAUUGAAAUUAAAAGCGUUGAUGCCAAUUUUUGUUGCCAUUAUUGGAAUUAAGGCAAUGAAAGCAUUGGUACUUUCGAAAUUGGCAUUUUUAGCUGUCGUUGUAUUUAUCGCUGUUCAAUUCUUUAAAAAAGGUGGCAUGACUCCACCAAUGGGAAUGACAAUGGAUCCAGCUCCAGUUUAUGGAACUCCACCUUUGCCUUCAUCAACUUCUGGUUAUGAGCCAGUUAACACUUGGGAUGGAAAUGGACCAUAUUCAAGAGUUUGGACACCUAGCAAUGCAGCUGAUGCUCAAAAUUUGGCCUACAAUUACUACUCAUCGGGAAGUAGUUCUUCCAGUUCGUAUGGCUCACCCUCGUCAUCAUCAUCAUUGUCAUCUGGAAGUUCAUCCAGUUCGUCGAGCUACACAUAAGAUUAGAUCUUCUUCAAUCUUUUUUAGAAUUAUUCGAGAUCACAUCAACAUCAGACAUUUUUAAAAAUUGGUUUCUGAUGGAUUAUAUAGGCUUCGACUUAUCGAUGAUUUGACAUUUAGAAGAAAAAGAAACACAUCGAGAAUACAAUAAUUUUCUAAUGAAUCUUAUGGAGAUUUUUCUAGGAGAUGAAGAUCGUGAAGAAAAAAAUAAAAACAUGAUUGGUAUUUGUUUUUAUGAAAACAGUCAGAAUCUACUACUUAAAACGCGUUAAUUUAUUUAUCGAACAUUAUUUAUUGUCUUUACUGUCUAUUUGUAUAAAAAUAAAAAAAGACAUUUGAAUAUUGUAUAUAUAUAUAUAAUAUAAUAUGUGUAAAAUGUA